UAAGACAAAGACUCUGUCAAUCUACUUUCAAACAGGAAAUGACUAUGGCUUUUCUGUGCUCCAGAGACUUUAGUUGAAGAGCAUUUGUGGUUAUCAACCAGUUAGAGAGUUUCCUCCUGUAUGAACAGUGCGUGUGUGAUGGCCCAGACAAAAGAUCCAAACUUUGGGCAGUCAUCAGGCACUAACUCUGCCCUUCACAGACUGGACACUUUAGCUAGCCGUUUUUUUUACAAAUACCGGAAAGGAAACCAGGAGAAAGGACUAGAGAAUGAAGGGCCACAUGUGUCAGAGUACACUGGCCUUUGGGACGCAACAAUGAAAGAAGUCUUGACAAAAGCCAAAGAAGAUUUUUUGAUUAAAUGGGAGAGUCAGCCACAGAACACAUCAUGUCUUGAUGACUUUGACAGACUGAAAACUCUUGGGACUGGAUCUUUUGGAAGAGUAAUGCUAGUCAAGCACAGACAGUCGGGACAAUACUAUGCUAUGAAGAUUCUGGACAGGCAAAAAGUGGUGAAGCUCAAACAGAUAGAACACACAUUAAAUGAGAAGAAAAUAUUACAAGCAGUUUCCUUUCCUUUCCUUGUGAAGCUGGAGUGCGCUUUUAAGGAUAAUUCAAAUUUGUACAUGGUCAUGGAAUAUAUCCAAGGCGGUGAGAUGUUCUCACAUCUGAGACGGAUUGGAAGAUUCAGUGAGCAGAAUGCACGUUUCUAUGCCGCUCAGAUUGUUCUGACGUUCGAGUAUCUUCAUACUCUAGACCUUAUCUACAGGGACCUGAAACCUGAAAACUUGCUCAUUGAUCAUCAGGGAUACAUCCAGGUAACAGACUUCGGCUUUGCCAAACGAGUGAAAGGCAGAACUUGGACAUUGUGCGGUACACCAGAGUACCUGGCACCAGAGAUCAUUCUCAGCAAGGGCUACAACAAAGCUGUUGACUGGUGGGCGUUGGGUGUUCUGAUCUAUGAAAUGGCUGCUGGAUAUCCACCUUUCUUCGCGGAUCAACCUAUUCAGAUCUAUGAGAAAAUCGUAUCUGGCAAGGUACGAUUCCCCUCACACUUCAGUUCAGACCUGAAGGAUGUUCUGCGCAAUCUGCUGCAAGUGGACCUCACAAAGCGCUUCGGCAAUUUGAAAAAUGGAGUUAGUGACAUCAAAAACCACAGAUGGUUUGCUACGACAGACUGGAUCGCAAUCUAUGAGAAGAAGGUCGAUGCUCCCAUCAUACCAAAGUGCAGAGGGCCUGGAGACACAAGUAACUUUGAUGAAUAUGAUGAGGAAAACAUACGGGUAUCUGUCACAGAGAAAUGUACAAAAGAGUUCUUGGAGUUCUAGGGUAUCUGUAAAAGCUUUAUUAGGAGGGUU